UUACUCUUUGAAAUCGCGUCUAUGGUUUUUACUCGAACCAUAAAAUUUGAAGAGAUUUUCUGUUUUAAAUAUUUAUGCAUUUUGAAUCUGAACAGUUGCAAUUAAAAUGAAGCGAUGUUGAUUGAAUUUCGAAUUUACCAAAAUAUACACAAGAAAAUUCCGUAACCUGUUGAAUAUGAUUCAAUGAUUUUUUCCGCAUUUCUGAAUAAUAAGCUUUCCUUGAAAAGCCACACUUUUAAAUCUUUCCAGCACAACUCUGAAGAAUCAAAAUAAUACGUUAACGAAUUGAAAAUGAGUUAUUUUCUAUAUUGUCUUCUCAAAAGAGAUGCUCUACCGAUGACGACGAGGCAAGAAAGGACAGUUAUAAUAAAACCUCAAACCAGCAUCAAAACUUUCGAUGUUCCCCUAGGCAACAGCAGUGUAACAACUUGGAUGACCGUUCAACGAGGCAUAUUUCCAAAUACAAGCAAUAUCGAAGCACCACUACCCAUAGGAGAACCAGUAACCAUCUUCAUUUAUCUCAAAGACGACAGUAACUUGUACGAUAUUCAAGUGGCUGACUGUUGGGCCUACGACAACGAAAACAUCAAUCAUUCUCAAAACAAGAUACGAUUGACUCCUUACGGAUUCAACAGAAGGGCAGCACAGAGGAAAACGAUAAAGAAAUGGAAUAAAAUGAAGUUUGCAAGUGAUUUUGGUCUGUCGACUCUGUUGCACGCAAAUCUGAAUGCUUUUAAAUUUCCGGAGAAGGAUAGUUUGCAUUUUGUUUGCGACGUGGAGUUAUGCUUCAAAUCUUGUGAAACAAUUUACAAAAUGAGGAAACGUUAUGGAGCAGAUAUAGAAGAGGAGAAGAAAAAUUAACUUUAAAUUUCCAGUAAAAUUUGGAGUUGAUUAAAAUUUAUUUAUUUUUUCUUUGAGAUUUAUAAUUUCAAACUACGAAAAUGUGCGAGGAUAAUAAAUAUUGUAUGGUCUUGAACGAACUGAGAAAUAUAAUAAAGUUGUCUAGAAAUA